AUUGCAAAUCUAAGCAGGGUGGUUUAGGUAUUCCACCAUCUGAUGACAGAGGAUCUUCCCUGUGACUGAGCUCACUAGGCUCAAGUAGAAGAGAUCAGAGAGAGAGAGAGAGGAAUAGAGAGAGGGAAAAAGAGGAGAAAAAGCUCAAGAGAGAGAGACACAGAGACGAUGAUGGCUUCGAAUAUCUCGGAUGGAAAAAGCAGAGACAUCCCCAUCUGGUAAAGCGAAAGGAAGUCGCGCCUGCCGUGGGAUUCUCCCUUCACUCUUUUGAUUUCCUUUCUUCCCCGUUUAAAUUAGAUGGCUAUGGAUACAAAUACACAUCAUUGCCGUCUGCAAUGCCUUCCUCUCCUGUUUCCUCCAUGCUUGGCAUUAGAGCUCGAUUCCAUCAUUAGAGACCAAGCACAGAAGAGGGAGAUGUGUUGAAAAAGAUAAAUAGGUUCGUCAAUAGAGGCAUAGAAGGGCUUGAAGGUAGUGCUGAGAUUAAUGAUGUCAACUUUGAGCAGCACUUCUACAUAGUACAAUAAGCAUAGAUCUUCUUGAGAUUGCAUGUUUUCGAAUGCAAAAUAAAUUAAGGAAUGGCAGAUUUUCGUGUUAGAAGCCUUGAACCCGGCCAAACAAAGAUCAGAAAUGUCCCCAUUGCCGUGACUCCAGAAGGAUUUUGGUGUUGCCCUGCGCCUGUUGUGUUUCAAAGAACUAUUAAACAUCAAAACAACCAGAACAAGCAGAAGAGUUCACCACCGAGAAAACUUAAUGGUCAGAAAUCCACAAACCCACAAGGAGACAAGAGACAACUUGCUCACCAGUUAAAAUCUCAGGUAGCUUCAGAAGAUCAAAAAUGUGUAGCAUCCAAUACUUAUUGUGUAAAUACUGCUAUGACCCCUGAGAGAGUAGUAAAAACAAAUUCAGGGAAUCCACAUCCACAAAGAAAGAUAUCAGUUGGUUUCGGUAAGCCUGAUACGUGUGAUUUAAAGGUUAUUUUGUCUGGUAAGGAAAAUAUUGCUGUGAGGAUGAAUGUUCACAGGAACAUUCUUGCAGAACAUAGUAGUUUCUUUGCAGAGAAGCUUGCCAAGCAGUCUCCUGUAAUCUGCAUUGAGAUUGGUGACUGUGAAGAUGUGGAGAUAUAUGUUGAGGCCAUUGGACUGAUGUAUUGUAAAGAAAUUAAGCAGAGAUUAAUCAAGCUAAGCGUUGCUCAUGUACUCCGCAUGCUUAAGGUUGCUGAAGCACUUGGCUUCCAUUUGUGUGUGAAGACUUGCUUGGAUUACUUGGAAGCAGUUCCCUGGGUUGGAGAUGAGGAAGAAACCAUCGUAUCAUCUAUUCGUUGUCUCGGAAUUGAUGAAUAUGGAAUUAGUCCAAUCCUGAAACGAGUGUCUUCGGAUAUUUCCAACCCUCCCAAUGAUACUCUUGCUCGCAUAUUGGAACUUGUACUCAAAAGCAAUGAAGACAAGGGUCGGCGCGAGAUGAAAUCUUUAGUGUUGAAACUCCUGAAGGAAAAUAACCAGUGGAUGAGCGGAUCCGCGGAUAUAUGUUCAGAAACAUUGUAUAAUUCCUGCCAAACCUGCUUACAGUCACUUCUUCUUCUAUUCAGAGAAGCAUCUGAACCUGGCUUUGUAGAGAAGGAUUUAUUAAAGAAAGAAACUAUCACAAAACAGAUAUCUUUAGAAGCAGAUAAUCUCCUAUGGUUAGUUGAGAUUUUAUCUGAUAGGCAUAUAGCAGAUGACUUUGUAGUGAUUUGGGCUAACCAGGAAGAGCUGACUUUAUUACAUCGCAAACUACCAAUUGUGUCACGACAUCUCGUUAGCCGUAUCACUGCUAGGAUCUUCGUCGGCAUUGGAAAAGGAGAGAUGCUUCCAUCGAAGGACACUCGUCAGAUGCUUUUGCAAGUUUGGUUACAGCCACUUAUCGAUGACUACAGUUGGUUGCAACACGGGUGUCGAUCAUUCGAUUGCAAAGUCGUGGAAGAAGGAAUCGGUCGAACCAUUUUGACUCUUCCAUUGGAAGAUCAGCAAACUAUGAUGCUUUCUUGGUUGGGUAGCUUCCUGAAAGUUGGUGAUAACUGUCCAAAUCUUCAGAGAGCUUUUGAGGUAUGGUGGAGGAGAACUUUUAUAAGACCUUAUCUGGAGCAGCAAGGGAAUGCAUUGCAAUCAGAUAGCAAGUUUAAUUAGGCUCAGGUUUUAGUUUUUUGAGUGAUUGAAAUAUGCAUCUGUUGUGAAGGAUUGGAGACUAAUGUGUUGCUGUGAGAUUUUCCAUGUCCAUGGUAACUUUGUGGAAGAUGUAAUAUGUUGCUUUUCAUGGGAAUUUAUAUGCACUGUGAUUUUACUAUUGUUGGAACUUAAACAGAGAGGUUGUUGCACCAUGACUGCAUUUACAUUAAGCUAAAUUUCUAAUUUUCUUCC